UUUGUUUUUGCUUUUUUUUCUGGUUAUGUCGAAUUGGCUGUGUAGUUUGUUGGUGCGAUGAGGCGGCCACCACUGUGGGCCAUUGUGACAGAAUAUCUUGAUGGAUUAAAUCUGUACGACUUCAUCCACGAGCAGCGGGAUAGCCCUCUCGACUUGCGGAUCAUCGUGAGCAAGGGGCUCGACAUUGCAAGAGGCAUGGACUACCUUCACUCAAGACAGAUCGUUCACCGUGCUCUCAAGCCACAGAAUCUCGUCAUGGACUCCGAUGGCGUGGUGAAAGUAACUGAGUUUGGUCCGCUAAGGAUGGAUGGCGAUCCUGAAAGCUCAAUGGAUGAAGAUGAUCUUGAGGACGACGGCUACCGCUGGAUGGCACCAGAGUUGAUAGGACACAGACCGCAUGACCACAAGGUCGAUGUAUACAGUUUUGGGAUCAUAAUGUGGGAAUUAUUGACGGGUUUGAUUCCCUUUGAUGGAUUGCCUACGGUCCAAGCUGCCGUAUCGAUAGUGAAUAAGAACACUCGACCAGAAUUGCCGGAUGCGUGUCCAGCUAGUCUGAGGGCAAUGAUUACAGAGUGCUGGUCGCCAGACCCCGAGAAGCGACCGGAGUUCUCGAGCGUUGUGAGGACGCUGGAAGCAGAGCUAUCCUCAAUGAGGCCGAGGGAGCGUAGUCUGGCUGUACCUGCAGAGUGGCUGAGGGAAGACGGGAAGGCAAGUGAGCGAGAGUACGGUGGUGUGAUGGGUCCAGGGAUGGGUCCAGGUAUGGGGAAGAUGGGUCCAGGGAUGGGUCCAGGUAUGGGGAAGAUGGGUCCAGGGAUGGGUCCAGGNUCCAGGUAUGGGGAAGAUGGGUCCAGGGAUGGGUCCAGGUAUGGGGAAGAUAGGUCCAGGGAUGGGUCCAGGUAUGGGGAAGAUGGGUCCAGGGAGGGGUCCAGAAUCUCUCUUGUGAACAGCAUUGGCCUCAGAUUUGCUGUCGACGAGUCUUCUCUUGUGAACAGCAUUGGCCUCAGAUUUGCUGUCGACGAGUCUUCUCUUGUGAACAGCAUUGGCCUGAGAUUUGCUGCGACGAGUCUAUCUUUUGCCGACGGUACGCUGGGACGACGGUGCUUGGUUUGGUCCCCUAUUUGUGAUCGCAUUUAAUCACGGAAGAGAGUGGAGUCUGUUUCGAAACUAUUCAUAUUGCGGACGUUCCUGGAUGCAUUUCUCCCUGAAUUACAGCCAGCUCCGGUCAAAAAUGAGACUCUCUUUUGCGGGCUGUAUGGUGGUGAGAGCUCCAACAACGGUGUUAGCUGCUCCUUUCCUCAGUUCACAAACCCUUCACUGUAAGAGAUUGGGAUUUGGUGGCCACGGUUUUUUGAAACGCACAGGUCAUAUUGGUAUUGCGGAUUUUUUUUGGAUGCAUGUCCAUAAUUACGGCCCCAUUCGGUCGAAAACUCCUGAUGUGAGUAAUGCUGCCAGAAUCGGAAUAGGGUGAACACAGACAGACCUUUCUUCCCCUUUGCGAUUCCCACCAAGGCUAAACUCUCUAAAGGAGCAGGCUCCAUGCGAUGGCUGCCACAAUAAUUCAAUAUUCCAAAGCACCUGCUUUUGGCAGAUGUUUUCAGUGACGGGUUUCCAUCAGAGAGUACCAUCUGCUGCGGCUUUGGCUUUCAAAUGUAGGAUUUGUUUCUAUUGAUUGUGGCACUGUGUAGAGCUGCUCUGUUGACAUGACCGACCGCCUGGGGUCGAGAAGGUUUCCAAUUGUCAGGGGCAGCAUUCUUUACUCCGAAGACCGGCCACUCAGCAGAGAGAGAGGAAUCCGGAUGUUCUGCUGUGGUCCUGUCUUGUGCAAUCAGGCACAAGCUUCAGCUUCAGCUUCACCAAACUGUGAGCGUGGUUGCGUUCUGCUUGUGCUUCUCUCACACAUCUGUUCAACUGUGACUAUAAUGUGGACAGACCGGCCUCGUUGGAUCGUUCCACCGGUCCGUCCAUGGCCUCAUUGGAUCGUUCCACCGGUCCGUCCACAUUUGUCGUUGUCGUUCGUACCGCUGACCAUCAGCAGUUAACAGAGUGAGGUAAGAGGAUCGAAUCCCGAAAUCCUUUGCUCGUAAUGUCUUUGGUUGAUGUGCCAUUCAAUUUGAUGACCAUGGAAGGGAGGAAGUAGAGGAAGUGGAUCUGUAAUUUGUUGACAUCAACUGAUGAUUAAUUAUUUGACAUCUAUAGCUGGUUGUUGCCAGGGGGGGGCAGAGUGCGAGGUGAGAGGAUCAAAUCCUGUCGAUCCUGUCCGGACUUCGAGUUUGAUUGUCGUGGAAAAGGAGGAAGUGAAUCUGUAAUUUGUUGACGUCAAACUUUAUUUGACAUCUGUAGCUGAUCGGUGACCGCCGCCAAGCCUGUUUGCUGUGGAGGCUCAUAUCCUGCCAAUCCUGUUUCAGUUUGAUGAUGAUCAUGGAAAGGGGACGAAGUGGAUUUGUAGUUUGUGGACGGUAACUGACCAUUUGCUAUUUGACAUGGAAAGGGGACGAAGUGGAUUUGUAGUUUGUGGACGUUAACUGACCAUACAUUUGCUAUUUGACAUCCGCAGCUGAUCGCUGCCAGUGGGUGGAGGGGGGUAAGAGGAGGAUCAGAUCAUAUGUCGAUCCUGUUCGAGUUUGAUGGUCUUGGAAGGGCGGAAGUGGAAUCUGUAAUUUGUUGACGUCAACUUUAUUUGACAUCUGUAGUUGAUUGCGGCCAGUCGGCAGAUCGAGGUAAGCGGAUCCAAUCCCGUCGAGCCUGUUUGUUGUGGAGGAUCAUAUCUUGUUCCUGUCAAUCUUGUUCGAGUUGGAUGAUCGUGGAAAGGGGAGGAAGUGGAUCUGUAUUUCGUUGACAUCGACUGAUCAUCAUUUGUUAUUUGACAUCUGUAGCUGCUUGCUGUGCGUGAGCAGAGGGAGGUAAGGGGGUUGGAAUCCUCUUAUCAAAUCUGUUUGUCGUGGAGGACCGGAUCCCAUCUAUCCUGUUUGUUGUGGAACAGCGUCCGUUCGAGGUGAGGGCUAACAAAGCAACGGGAUGAUG